AUGAGGCGGUUCAGCCAGAAAGUUCUCUCGCGAGGCAAGGACCCGAACAAGUCUUCCAAGAAGAAUAAGGACUCCAAGGACGGCGCAUCCUCGCCGCAAACCGCCGGUUCCUCGAGGGACGGCUCUAACCAGAGUCCCGUCCUCACCCCGUCGUCAUCGAGCUCGACCCUGAAUGACAUCCGCAACAAGCCUCUCCCGCCCAACAAUGCAAGCCCACAUAGUACAGAGGGCGCAUCCCCUUCCGGUCAGCCACCGAUGACCCAAAACCAAGGAGGCAGUGAUAGGUUCGGGCUAAUGGGAGGAUCAUCGCCAGCGUCGAACGGUGGAAGUACGCCUGUCCGGCACGGACAACUGCCGCCUACCGUAAUAAUCAGCCCGAGCGGCGCGCCGCACGUACCCCCACCUGGUGCCGCCGAAACGAUGCCUCAUGAUCUUGCUCCCCCCAAAGCUGGACAAAAGUCUCUCAUGUUCGACCGACUCCAACAGACCCCUAAAGAUGUACCGGAGGGCCUGCGGACGCCCAAGCGACAGCAUUCGUCUCGUUUUGACAUCUCGGCACAUCGCGAGCUGGAAAAGCUCCCCGGUUUCCACGAGGUGCCCCCGCAGCGCAGACAAGAUCUCUUUAUGCAAAAGAUCGACCAAUGCAAUGUCAUUUUUGACUUCAACGACGCUGCUGGCGAUAUCAAGCCCAAGGAGAUCAAGCGCCUUGCGCUGCACGAACUACUCGAUUACGUAGCGAACAACCGACAAGUCAUCACAGAGCCGAUGUAUCCCAAGGUCGUCGAAAUGUUUGCCAAGAAUCUUUUCCGUCAGAUUCCUCCGCCGAUCAAUCCCCAGGGUGAAGCGUUCGACCCGGAAGAAGACGAGCCCGUACUCGAGCCUGCAUGGCCGCACAUUCAGGUCGUGUACGAAUUCUUCCUAAGGUUCAUCGAAAGCCAAGAUUUCAACACCAACAUCGCAAAGGCCUACAUCGAUCACAGUUUUGUGCUGCAGCUUCUCGAACUUUUCGACUCGGAGGAUCCUCGCGAACGUGACUUUUUGAAGACAACGCUGCAUAGGAUCUACGGCAAGUUCCUCAACCUGAGAAGCUUCAUUCGAAGAUCUAUCAACAACGUCUUCUUCCAAUUCACCUAUGAGACGGAGAGGUUCAAUGGUAUUGCAGAACUUCUUGAGAUUCUCGGAUCUAUUAUCAACGGAUUCGCGCUUCCUUUGAAGGAGGAGCACAAGCUUUUCCUAACGAGGGUACUGAUACCCCUACACAAGGUGAAAAGCUUGAGCAUGUACCACCCGCAGCUGGCCUAUUGCAUUGUUCAAUUCCUGGAGAAAGAUGCUUCUCUUACAGAAGAGGUGGUGCUUGGCUUGCUGCGAUACUGGCCCAAGGUCAAUAGUACAAAGGAAGUCAUGUUCCUCAACGAGGUUGAGGACAUUUUCGAGGUGAUGGACCCUGCAGAGUUUGCAAAAGUUCAGGAGCCCCUCUUCCAUCAGCUAGCAAAGUCGGUGGCCAGCCCGCACUUUCAAGUUGCGGAGAGGGCACUGUACUUCUGGAACAACGAAUACUUUUGCAACCUCGUCAGUGACAAUGUUGAGAUCAUUCUGCCAAUCAUGUUUGCUCCUUUGUAUGAGAAUUCUAAGGGGCACUGGAACAGGACCAUUCAUGGCAUGGUUUACAACGCCAUGAAGCUAUUCAUGGAGAUAAAUCCUCAGCUCUUCGACGACUGCUCUCAUGAGUACACUGAACAGCAGAACAGUGCGGCAGCUAGGGAGGCCAUGCGUGAGCGGAAGUGGGCAGCAAUCGCAGAACAGGCCAACAAGAGAAAGGCAAACGGCUCCGGCGAGCCAUCUGGCCCUCCUACCAGACUUACCCAGAACCCGAUGCCUAGACUAGACGAGGUUGAUCACUCGGACGAUAACCAAAAGCGGCUAGACUCUUUGAAGUUACAGGAUGGUGAACGUCGGCGCCCAGGCAUGCAUGACAGACAGAGCUCUGUGGGCUCGAAUCGGAGUCAGCGAUGA